UGUCUCAAAAUCAUUUGUGAAGGACUCUCUCCCCCUUCCCAUGCUCCCCAAUGAGAUCUCUUCACAAAAAUCUCAAGUACGAAAAGCAAAUAGUAACUCCAUCUAAUAAACUAUAAAGGAUCUCAAAUCAUGCCAUUCAUUUUUUUUUUUUCAAAAAUAUUAAAGAAGUACUUGUAUAAGACAAAAGGCUACCCUACAAAGUACACAAGCCAACUAAUCAGAAUGUCCUUCCUUAUAAUUUGUGUUGGCUCAUCAUUACUCACAAAUCAAGAUAGAGAAUAGCAUGUGUUCAACUUACAUCCAUAGAAUUCUCCUCCCUCACUAAUUAUCCACCAACAAAUCCAAACUGAGCAAGUGACAGUUAAAGUUGCUACCUCCAAGUUUCAACUUCAAAAAGACGGAAAAAAAAUGGGUGUGAUUAAAUCAGCUAUAUCAGAUGCAAUUCUAACAUCAAUAUUCGUUUUCUUCAUCUCAACAUUAAGAAUUCUCACUUCAAAAACAGCUUUCCUCCUCAAUCUUGAACCAGUUUCACUACCAGGCCUAUUCAUCACAACCAUCCUAAACACAAUAAUCAUCCUCACAAUAACCCUAAUAGGAAGAAUCUUAGGAGGUGCUAGCUUCAACCCUUCCUCAACAAUUUCCUUCUACACAUUAGGACUAAGACCUGACUCAUCUCUCCUAUCAAUGUCCAUUAGAUUUCCAGCUCAAGCAAUCGGCGGAGCUAUCGGUAUCAAAUCAAUCCUUCAUGUCAUGCCAAGUGAGUAUCUACACAUGGUGAAAGGUCCUUCUUUGAAAGUUGAUAUUCAUACAGGAGCUAUAGCUGAAGGAGUUUUGAGUUUUACUCAUAACUUUGUUAUUAUACUAGUUAUGCUUAGGGGUCCUAAGAAUCCUUGGUUGAAGGUUUAUUUGCUUUCUGUUACAACUUUGGUUUUGGUUGUUUUGGGGUCUGGUUAUACAGGUCCUUCUUUGAACCCUGCUAAUGCUUUUGGUUGGGCUUAUGUGAAUGAUAAGCAUAAUACUUUGGAGCAGUUUUAUGUGUUUUGGAUGUGUCCUUUGAUUGGAGCUACUCUUGCUGCUUUGGUUUAUCGUUUUGUGUUUAUGUCACCAGUUAAGGAGAAGAAAGCUUGAGUUGAUGGAUGAGUUCUAAAUUGCAAUUGUAGCCAAAACACAACGAUUGUAGAGGCGUCUAGCGCGACAUUUUUACCACAAUUGUCUAUUGUUUGUCUGUAAUUUAGGUUUGCAGUGUAAAACUAUAACUCCAAUUUAGAACCAUUAAGGAGUUUAAACUCGUUAAGAUUAUGACUUGAGUAAAUUCAUUUCCAUUAUUUUGUGUGUUUAUGAAGAGAUAGUUCUUUUUGCAUUUGAGAGUAGGGAGAAGCUAGUGACAAUCAAAUCACAGAAGUCGAUAAUGGGAGAGUAAAGAAAAAAACACUAUUUUAGAGAAAAAAACACUUACGUGUAAUUUUUGAAUUAAAAAGACCGUAAGUGUUUUUCUCUCUAAAAACACUUACGUGUGUUUUCUAAAGGCAUACCCCUAAGACCGGCUCUGAGAAUCAUCAUCAGAAGAACAUAAAUAAAAUAUUUGAACAUAGUCACCCAAAACAUCAUAUGAAAAGACUACAACAACAUAUGAAGGAUCUUAUAAAGAAUAGCCAUUAGAGAAAUCACACGGAGAGUUUAUAACAACAUAU